AUACGCGGUAAACGUUUAAAUGGCUCAGCGAAUUCGGCCAAACUAACAAAACUCAGUCCAAACACACGCUAUCAUAUAUGUGUAAUCGGCACCGGUAAUUGGCUUUCAGAGCCUGUAGCGAAUGCCUUGCAAAGGAUACAUUUUAACGAUUCAUUCCUCUCUAUGGGACGCGAUGACGUAAUGUCGCAAGCAAUUGUAUUACCAUCGUCAACCAACUACCAACCAACUACCUAUGAUAGGCAGGCGGCAUCUUAUCAGUCGCCGUACAGCCGGAUGGCAAAUGCAUACGGCAUCACCGACGUAUCCUUUAGCGAGCAUACAUUGUUGGCACAGCCCCAACAACAGCAGGCGUUAAUCGAGAACACCGUUGACACCGACAACGCGUUACAGGAAGUUUUGAAAAAUUCCCGCUUUUCCACUUGCACCGAUGUUCAAACGCUUGAUUCUACACCCAGCCUAAUAACGGACGAGAACGGUCUGGCUAGUAAUGGUUUUAUACAUUCUAUACUCACUCGCCGUCUCGGUUUAAUUGUUGGCUGUUGUUUGGGUAUAAUUGUAUUUAUCGUAAUGAUAUCGGUGCUCAGUUAUGUGAAAUUAAAAAAGCAACGUAUUGAGAAUGCAAAACGUCAAGCGACGAUGCCACCUGACUACAUGUCCUAUCGUCAUUUUUCCAUACCUAACGAAGAACUAUUACGCUCGGGCGCUGUAAUGUCGAGUGUGCCGAGUGGUAUAAGUGCUCAUAUCAGUGGCACUAGUCUCAGCACGAGUGGCACUACAACGGCAACGGCUACAACACCCUUGGGCAUACUAAAGGUAACUGAAAGCAUGGGUGGCGUUGGUGUUACAACAACUGGUGGUAGUAGCAUAACGGUGAUGAUGGCCGGUGGCAAUGGCACUACAAAUUUAACCUCAUCGACCGCAAUUGCUACAUCAAAUGACGUUGUUAGUGUGGCAACAACGACUGCAAGCAACCACAAUCAUCAUAUGCAUCAUCAUCAUCACCAUCAUAAUCACCAUCAACAGCAACAGCAGCAACAUCAACAGCAA